AUGGGACUCCACCGCGAAUCAUCUGCCUCGAAUCUCGAGUCAGGAUAUGCUUCUGGAGCAUCAUCUCAAAGCUCUCUUCCUCAAAUUGUCCUCACAAGACCUCACCUCAAGUUUAUCAAUGCAUCACUCAACAAUCUUCAACCCAUGGACAUUCUCCGAUGGGCUAAAAUAACCUUCCCCAACCUCUACCAAACCACUGCUUUCGGAGUAACAGGUCUCGUCACACUUGAUAUGUUAAGUAAGCUACAAAAGGAGACACCCGAGCUACCAAGUAUCGAUGCCAUCUUCCUUGAUACCUUGUAUCACUUCAACGAAACACUCGAAUUGGUUGAGAAGACCAAGAGCAGAUAUCCAAAUGUAAACUUGCAUGUUUACAAGCCAGAAGAUUGCCAAACUGUUGGAGAUUUCGAGGGAAAGCAUGGCAAGGAAUUAUGGAAGACCAAUGCCGAUUUGUAUGAUUGGGUUGCCAAGGUCGAACCCGCUCAACGAGCAUACAAUGAGCUGGAUGUUGCUGCAGUCUUGACUGGUAGAAGAAGAAGUCAAGGUGCCAAGAGAGAGAGCUUGGACAUCGUCGAGGUCGACGAAGCUGGCUUGAUCAAGAUCAACCCUUUGGCAGGAUGGAGCUUCAAGGAGGUACAAAACUAUAUCAAGGAGAAUGAUGUUCCAUACAACGACUUGUUGGACCGCGGAUACAAGAGUGUCGGAGAUUGGCAUUCAACUGAGCCAGUAAAGGAAGGAGAGGACGAACGUGCUGGAAGAUGGAAGGGGACUGAGAAGACCGAGUGCGGAAUUCACAACAAACGAUCAAAGUAUGCACAAUACUUGUACGAAAUGGAACAAAAGAAACAACAAGAGGAACUGUACGCAGCGUUGGAAAAGGUUCAGACCAGGGAAGAGAAGAUUGAAGAUAUUAUUGUCGGAGUGUAA